CUCAAUGACUCAUACAAUGAGUCUACAAGAAAUGAUAGAUAUGUAAUUUAGAACAUUUCGUUUAAAUAAUUCAGAAUCGUAAAUAUCGUAGUUAUGUUUUUUGUUCUGGCGCUCUCUGUACUCGAUGUUUGAGUGUUUACUUUACAAUAUACAGUUGUUCGACGCUCACGAGGAGUGUUGUGUUUGUAUAUGAACGCAGUUUUUAUUGCCCAUAAUGUAAUAAUUCCUCGUUUAUUUAAAUAUUUAAACUAAUUUGGACAAAGUGUUGUUAAAGGAAAUAGUAAAAGCAGAAUUUUAUGAAAAUGGUGUACGCUGGAAAAGUUCGCGAGCAUGUGCGAAAAUACUUCAACCCGGAGGGCUUCGACCCCCUGGCGUUCCGGGACAUGGCCAAGCUGGCGUUACUGGCGCUGCUACUCUCAGAGCUGGUGGUCUACAUCUUCCUGCAGCAGAGCGCAGACCUUGGAGAGCUGCCCCACAAUAUUACAGACGUCAUUAUAAUCAGCAUAUCCCUGCUGGAGUUCCUAGUGGUCCCAAUAAUCAGUGGGCAGGGCUCUAAAAGGAGGAGAAGUGUACUAGUGGGAUGGACCAUGGCCGCUCUGGUAACCACGAUACCUUUGUUUGCGUUGCCCAACCCGGAUAUAACUGUCGAUGAGGGUCUUUGCACAACCGCAGUUCCACUAGCUCCUCGGUCUUUCGUUACGGGUAUCUCCACGAAGGCUGCAGUCCGUCUGUCCAUGCUGCUCAUAUGUGGGGUGGUGAGCGCGCUCGGAAGAGCGGCCUUCUUCUCGCAUGGACUUGCGUAUUUAGACGAACACAAUCCUUCAUAUAACCUGCAUAUGCAUGUUGGUCUCUUCAUCCUCUACCGCGUGUUGGUAUACAUCCUCGGCAGCAGCAUGCGAACCAUGACCUUAGACAUGCCGUGGCUGCAGAUCCUUAUCAUCGUUAUCAAGUUACUGCUCACACUGCUCCGGCUCUACAGGUAUCCUGAGGCGGUUCCGGCGCCGGAAAAAGAACGUCGGAGUGGCACAGGUCUACUCCGUAGCAUGGGUCGCGUUCUACGCAACGGAGUGGGAGUCCUGCAAAUCCUGGCGAUGGCAUUACUGGCAGCUGCUUGGCGAGGCUUCGGGCUGCAAGAAGCAGCCUUUGUCCAGGUGAAAUACUACGUGCGUCCGGACAACGAUUCACAAAUGGGGAUCAUGAAUAUUUAUUUAAAAGUGAUAUCCAUCAUAUUGGGAGUUAUUCUAGUUGGAUACAUCUACACUGCCCCCGUCAUGCCGAAGUUUGAUCGUAAAGCAGCAGUCGCCAACGCCGCAAAGAUGACUUUCCAAGCCACCGUGUUCUACGUUGGGAUGACGGCGUUGCUGAGCUGCAAUCGGAGUGAGAUUGGAGGCUUGACCGAGCUUAAUUAUACUCAGCCUACUUGUGGACGAAGCUGCGGUUGCGAUCGACCAUGGAUGGAGUUUACUCCAGUCUGCGUCCCUGAGCAGAUGACGACGUAUUUCUCUCCUUGUCACGCCGGCUGUGCUACAUCUGAUACAGUUAAUACUAUUGGGGUAUACUCGAACUGCUCAUGCGCGCCGGGCCUGCGUGUCACCAAGGGCGCGUGCGACGACGGCUCCUGUGCCAGCAUGUACAACUUACACCAAAUGUUUUACGUGACCCUUUGCUUGGUCAGCACUCUGGCGUUCACAUGGCAGACCACCGUGUUGUUGGAGUCAGUGGACAAGCGUGACGUCGCGAUGGCAGUGGGGCUUGCGUCCAGCGUAGUGUCACUCGUCGCCUUCGUGGGGGCCCAUGGGUUCUACAUGGGAAUUAGCUUAUUCACGUGCGCGUUUACCCGCGGCUCAAAGUGCUUGCUCCAUAACGAGCUCUUCGCACCCUGGGUGGGGUACUCCAGCGCGGUCCUAGCUGGGCUGGCUUUCAUACUCACCAUAAUCUCCUGCGUUCUACUGAGGAGACAGAAAGAGCCUAAGGAAGAAGACGUGAGCCUUGGAUAGUAGUGUAUUAGAAACUUACGACGUUCAGGGACGCCUUUACCCACGGCUCCAAGUGUCUUCUCUACAACGAUCACUUUGCAUCCUGGGUGGGGUACUCCAGCGCGGUCCUAGCUGGUCUGGCUUUCAUACUCACUGUAAUAUAAUGUUGCGUCAUACUGGGGAGAUAGAAAUAACUGAAGGAAUCUAGAAGACGUGAACCCUGGAUAGCGUAUAUAAGACAGAAAGAUGCCGUUUGUUUUUUUUAUCGAUUUUUUUUCGUUAGAUUUGGGUAAAAUUUCUGUGGUUUGAAGAGCUCCUUAUUCUGGGUGGAAUAAAUACAAAAUCACAAUUUGGGAAAAAAACAAGAAAAUUUCCUUUGUGUUACGAAAAUAUCAUACGUACAUUAAAAUACAGUGGAAGAUUUUUUAAGACAUGGUGCAGGCUUAAACCGAGAUGGCGGGAUGACCUGGACAACUUCCUGAACAACUGGCUGGAGGAAACACCAAAUAGCCUCCCUAUUUGGUGUUUCCUGGUGGAAAUCAAGGGGAGAGGCCUUUACCUAAUAGUGUGAAACUGAAAAAAGUAAAAUACCUAGUGAUUAUUUAUUACAUAUGUACAGAAUGGGGAACUAUAUCUAUCCAUCAAAUUUUUACGAAAUCUGUCAAAAAAUAUAAAUGGGCCCUAAUAGCAUCAGGGGUCUAUAAGUAUCAGUUACGCUCACAGAGUUGGUUUUAAGUUAAUUUUUAUUUUUAAUUUUAUUUAAUUGAUUUUAUUUUUAAUUGUUGGCCCAUCUACGGUUCUAGCUAAUUGGGGUUUCAAUACUAACGCUAUGACAUCUCCAAUGUAAAGUGAACCCUACAUGGUGCAACAAUUUAAGUCCGUGACUGUACUGGUGAUACCGCAUUAACUCACAAGUGUCCCGAAAGAGGAGAUAUAUGUACUAACCACUUUAGGAAAAGCGUGUUAUGGAAGAUGACAACGUAUUACUAUCCAGUAUACGCGUGUUUCUUGGACUUAUCUAAAGCUUUUGAUAUGGUGUCCUAUGAUCUCCGGUAUGCCGACGAUAUGGUGCUAUAGGGCCCUUGGCAAGUGUGAGAGGUAUGUGGUGGCUCAUAUUUCAGUCGCGCGGUUUAAAGUAGACAGGGUCCCGAAUAUUGUCUUAAAUGGAGUACCACUAUAACGAACCGCUAAAUUUAAGUACUUAGGUCACUGCGUUACGGAGUGCCUCUCGGACGAUCUGGACAUUGAGAGGGAGCGUAGGGCGCUGGCUGUUCGUGGGAAUAUGUUGGCUCGCAGGUUUGCGCAAUGCAGUAAUAAAGUAAAAAUUACUUUAUUUAAGGCAUUUUGCCAGUCUUUUUAUCCGUGCUGCCUGUGGGUGAACUAUACUCAGCGGGCAAUUAGUGCCUUGAGGGUGCAAUACAAUAACACGCUCAGGAUGCUGUUGGGACUGCCCAGGUACUGCAGCGCAUCAGGCAUGUUUGCGGAAGCGCGAGUAGACGGCUUCCAUGCCAUUAUUCGAAAGCGGGUCGCCUCCAUCAUGCGCCGUGUGCGGGGGAGUAACAACAGCAUUCUGGACGUGAUCGCUAGCAGUUUGGACUCUCCCAUAGCUGCACACUGGAAUAGUCUGCAUGUAAUUAAUUAAUAGACAGAAUUUUAACCAUUAUUAAUAUUAUUUUGUGAUUAUUUGUAAUUCUAAAAUGUACCUUCUUAUUUGAAUAGGAUUUAAAUUUAAUUUUAAUAUUUUAUCAUUUUUAAUUUAUUGCUAUUAAAACUGUGUUAUUUUAAUAAUUUUAUUGUAAUAUGGAUCAUUUGUUAUCUGUAAUAAAGAAUUGAAUUGAAUGAAAUAACUGUGAUACUAAUUAUAGAUCGUCUCAUUCACUACGACGUGCGCCUGUGCCUCGUAUUGUCAUGCCAUUAGCGGUUAGAUUUGACAAACCUGUGCGUCAUCGUGUAUGACAUGAUCUAAACUAUUAAUAAAUAGUGAACUAGUAUUAUAUACCAUCAAUGACAUGUUAGUUAUGAUAUAUUAAGUAUAUCAUAUAGCCUAAGUGUUGCAAGUAGAUAAUACUGGAAAAUGUUAAUAUACUUUCUCCUUCUUGAGACAGGAAUUUACCUAUUGUGAAGGUCUUGAAAAGUUGUAAACAUGUACAUUUAAUUUUAUUUCCGAAAAUAAUGAAUUUAUUAAUUAGAACUAGGUUUAUGGAGUGGAAAAGAUAUGAACAGCAUGGCUUUGCAGACUGCUUAAGAUAUCCUCUUACGCAACUACGAGUACAUAGUGUCUGAAUGAGACAGCCUUUUAUAUGAUAUAGGAGGUAAACGAGCAGACGGAUUGAAUGAAUUUAUUAGGUAUUUAAUGUAUAAUUUAAGUAGAUGAGAAAUGUGCCUACGUAUCUAAUUAAUCAGUAAGUAAGUACGUUAUAACUUCAUAUUUUGUAAAUAAAUAUUGAGUAUAA